GGGCCGUGGCUGAGGCCCUGCCUGUGGCUCUUGAAGGCCAUGGCCAGCUGCUGUCUCUGCUUCUCUCCCUCCAGGGCUCCCGGGGCUGCCCCCCACCCGCCCCGCCCCCGGUGGAGCUCUGGACUGUUCUGCGCCUGGCCUGUUCUCUCCUCUCCUGCACACUAACCUUCCCAUCUGAGCCAUCCUAACCUCCCUCCCAGCAGCUUGGACUGCUCCCUGUCCUCCUCUCUCAUCCCAGCGUCUCCAGUUUGUUCUCCUCAGGACACCAUUUAUGUUCUUCUCUCUCCUAGGAGGGCCCCCAAAGCCAGAGCCAGAGCAGGUGAUCAGAAACUACACCGAAGAGCUGAAGACGGCCCCAGAGGAGGACUGCAUCAUCUGUAUGGAGAAGCUGUCUGUGGUGUCUGGGUACAGCGAUGUGACUGACAGCAAGACCAUCGGGCCCAUGGCCGUGGGCCGCUUGGCCAAGUGCAGCCACACCUUCCACCUGCUCUGCCUGCUGGCCAUGUACUGCAAUGGGAACAAGGAUGGAAGCUUGCAGUGUCCCUCCUGCAAAACAAUCUACGGGGAGAAGACUGGGACCCAGCCCCGAGGGAAGAUGGAGGUGUUCACGUUUCAGAUGUCCCUCCCCGGCCACGAGGACUGCGGGACGAUCCUCAUAGUCUACAACAUUCCCCAUGGCAUUCAGGUGAGGGGCACGGCACAAGAGGAGCCUCCUUGGAUCUUUCUGGAAUCGGCCUCUGAGGCUCUUCCUGUCCCACUCUGUCCUCCGGGGUCACUGAAGGUGUCCGCCUGCCCAGUCAGGCUCCCAGCAAUCAGGAGGCACUCGUGCUGGGGGCUCCAGCCAGCCCUUAGAGUUGUGGAAGCAAAGAGAUGGCCCCUGCCUUUUCUUGAACCAGAGAGGGCUUCCUGGAGGUGGAGGCAUCUUAGCUGGACUUCUGCUAGGCAGAAGGCUCACAGGAGUCUAAGCAGGAGGAACAAGCACUUCUGUUCGGCUAGCUGGCUGGCUGGGGAGCCCGCAAGCAGGAACCCUCCCAAGGGGCAGAGCGCAGGGCCGAGAGCUGCCUGCAGUGAGGCUUGACCA